GGCCGAGGCUGAGACCGCCCAGCGCUGCGGAGCGGGAGGGGAGGCUUCGCGGAACGUGCUUGGCGCCAGGACUCGCGUGCAAAGCCCAGGCCCGGGCGGCCAGACCAAGAGGGAAGAAGCACAGAAUUCCUCAAUUCCCAGUGUGCCCAUGAGUAAGAGCAAAUGCUCCGUGGGACUCAUGUCUUCCGUGGUGGCCCCGGCUAAGGAACCCAACGCCAUGGGCCCAAAGGAGGUGGAGCUCAUCCUUGUCAAGGAGCAGAACGGAGUGCAGCUCACCAGCUCCACCCUCACCAACCCGCGGCAGAGCCCUGUGGAGGCCCAGGAUCGGGAGACCUGGGGCAAGAAGAUCGACUUUCUCCUGUCCGUCAUUGGCUUUGCUGUGGACCUGGCCAACGUCUGGCGCUUCCCCUACUUGUGCUACAAAAACGGCGGGGGUGCCUUCCUGGUCCCCUACCUGCUCUUCAUGGUCAUUGCUGGGAUGCCACUUUUCUACAUGGAGCUGGCCCUUGGCCAGUUCAACAGGGAAGGGGCCGCUGGUGUCUGGAAGAUCUGCCCUGUACUGAAAGGUGUGGGCUUCACGGUCAUCCUCAUCUCGCUGUAUGUCGGCUUCUUCUACAAUGUCAUCAUUGCCUGGGCGCUGCACUAUCUCUUCUCCUCCUUCACCACGGAGCUCCCCUGGAUCCACUGCAACAACUCCUGGAACAGCCCCAACUGCUCGGAUGCCCACCCUGGUGACUCCAGUGGCAACAGCCCAGGCCUCAACGACACUUUUGGGACCACACCUGCUGCCGAGUACUUUGAACGUGGCGUGCUGCACCUUCACCAGAGCCAUGGCAUCGACGACUUGGGGCCUCCGCGGUGGCAGCUCACAGCCUGCCUGGUGCUGGUCAUCGUGCUGCUCUACUUCAGCCUCUGGAAGGGCGUGAAGACCUCGGGGAAGGUGGUAUGGAUCACAGCCACCAUGCCAUAUGUGGUCCUCACUGCCCUGCUCCUGCGUGGGGUCACCCUCCCUGGAGCUAUAGACGGCAUCAGAGCAUACCUGAGCGUUGACUUCUACCGGCUCUGCGAGGCAUCUGUUUGGAUCGAUGCGGCCACCCAGGUGUGCUUCUCCCUGGGCGUGGGGUUCGGGGUGCUGAUUGCCUUCUCCAGCUACAACAAGUUCACCAACAACUGCUACAGGGACGCGAUUGUCACCACCUCCAUCAACUCCCUGACGAGCUUCUCCUCCGGCUUCGUCGUCUUCUCCUUCCUGGGGUACAUGGCACAGAAGCACAGUGUGCCCAUCGCGGACGUGGCCAAGGACGGGCCGGGGCUGAUCUUCAUCAUCUACCCGGAGGCCAUCGCCACGCUCCCGCUGUCCUCGGCCUGGGCCGUGGUCUUCUUCAUCAUGCUGCUCACCCUGGGUAUCGACAGCGCCAUGGGCGGUAUGGAGUCAGUGAUCACCGGGCUCAUCGAUGAGUUCCAGCUGCUGCACAGACACCGUGAGCUCUUCACGCUCUUCAUCGUCCUGGCGACCUUCCUUCUCUCCCUGUUCUGCGUCACCAACGGUGGCAUCUACGUCUUCACGCUCCUGGACCAUUUUGCAGCCGGCACGUCCAUCCUCUUUGGAGUGCUCAUCGAAGCCAUCGGAGUGGCCUGGUUCUACGGUGUCGGGCAGUUCAGUGACGACAUCCAGCAGAUGACUGGGCAGCGGCCCAGCCUGUACUGGCGGCUGUGCUGGAAGCUGGUCAGCCCCUGCUUUCUCCUGUUCGUGGUCGUGGUCAGCAUCGUGACCUUCAGGCCCCCCCACUAUGGGGCCUACAUCUUCCCCGACUGGGCCAAUGUGCUGGGCUGGGUCAUCGCCACAUCCUCCAUGGCCAUGGUGCCCAUCUAUGCGGCCUACAAGUUCUGCAGCCUGCCUGGGUCCUUUCGAGAGAAACUGGCCUACGCCAUUGCGCCCGAGAAGGACCGCGAGCUGGUGGACAGAGGGGAGGUGCGCCAGUUCACGCUCCGCCACUGGCUCAAGGUGUAGAGGGGGCAGAGACGAAGACCCUGGGAAGUCAUCCUGCAAUGGGAGAGACACGAACAAACCAAGGAAAUCUAAGUUUCGAGAGAAAGGAGGGCAACUUCUACUCUUCAACCUCUACUGAAAACACAAACAACAAAGCAGAAGACUCCUCUCUUCUGACUGUUUACACCUUUCCGUGCCGGGAGUGCACCUCGCCAUGUCUUGUGUUGCUGUAAUAACGACGUAGAUCUGUGCAGUGAGGUCCACCCCAUUCUCGUCCCCGCAGGGCAAAAAAAUGUCUAACUUCAUGCUGUCUGUGUGAGGCUGGCUCCCUCCCUCCCUGCUCCCUGCUCCCGGCUCCCGGCUCUGAGGCUGCCCCAGGGGCACUGUGUUCUCAGGUGGGGAUCACGAUCCUUGUAGACGCACCUGCUGAGAAUCCCUGUGCUCACAGUAGCUUCCUAGACCAUUUACUCUGCCCGUAUUAAAAAGCCAAGUGUCCCGCCUGGUUUAGCUGUGCAGAAGGUGAAAUGGAGGAAACCACAAAUUCAUGCAAAGUCCUUUCCCAAUGCAUGGCUCCCAGCAGAGGCUGUAAAUUGAGCGUUCAGUUGACACGUUGCACACACAGUCUGUUCAGAGGCAUUGGAGGACAGGGGUCCUGGUAUGUCUCACCAGGAAAUUCUGUUUAUGUUCUUGUAGCAGAGAGAAAUAAAACUCCUUGAAACCAGCUCAGGCUACUGCCACUCAGGCAGCCUGUGGGUCCUUGUGGUAUAAGGAAAGGCCUGACAGGAGCGUGUACUACCCCAGGAUGCAUGCAGGGCCCCUGCAGGAGCGUGUACUACCCCAGGACGCAUGCAGGGCCCCCGCAGGAGCGUGUACUACCCCAGGACGCAUGCAGGGCCCCCGCAGGAGCAUGUACUACCCCAGGACGCAUGCAGGGCCCCCACGCAGGAGCGUGUACUACCCCAGGACGCAUGCAGGGCCCCCAUGCAGGCAGCCUGCAGACCACACGCUGCCUGGCCUUGAGCCAUGACCUCCAGGAAGGGACCCCACUGGAAUUUUAUUUGUCUCAGGUGCGUGUCACAUCAAUAACAGUUUUUAUGUUUGCAGAUGGCUUUUUAAAAUCAUAUUUACCUGUGAAUCAAAACAAAUUCAAGAAUGCAGUAUCUGCGAGCUUGUUUGCUGAUAUUGCAGUUUUUGUUUACAAGAAUAAUUAGCAAUACUGAGUGAAGGAUGUUGGCCAAAAGCUGCUUUCCAUGGCACACUGCCCUCUGCCACUGACAGGAAAGUGGGUGCCAUAGUUUGAAUUCAUGCCUCGAGUCGGUGGGCCUGCCUACGUGCUGCCCGAGGGCAGGUGCCGUGCAGGGCCAGUCACGGCUGUCCCCUGCAAGUGGACGUGGGCUCCAGGGACUGGAAUGUAACGCUCAGUGGGAGCCGUCAGCCUGUGAACUGCCAGGCAGCUGCAGUCAGCACAGAGAGCGGCUUCCCCAUUGCCUUCUGGGGAGGGACGCAGAGGACGGCUUCCCCAUCGCCUUCUGGCCGCCGCAGUCAGCACAGAGAGCGGCUUCCUCAUCGCCUUCUGGGGAGGGGCUCCGUGUAGCAACCCAGGUGUUGUCUGUGUCUGUCGACCUCUCUCUAGUCAGCAUCGUGUGGGUCCCUAAGCACAAUAAAAGACA